CCGGUAGCCGGUGCCCGAACCUCUGAUGUCUGUGGAUGAUGCGGGCUGUUCUAGAGGAGCUGGGGAUCCGGGCGCUGCUGUUCGGGGUUUUUGUGUUCACGGAAUUCCUGGACCCCUUUCAACGUGUCAUCCAACCAGAAGAGAUAUGGCUGUAUAAAAAUCCUCUGGUGCAGUCAGACAAUAUACCUACACGGAUGAUGUUUGCAAUUUCUUUCCUUACACCCCUGGCUGUGAUUUUUGUUGUGAAAAUAAUUCAACGGACAAGCAGAACGGAGGUUAAAGAAGCCUGUUUGGCUGUGUCCUUGGCAUUGGCUCUGAAUGGAGUUUGUACGAACACUAUCAAACUUAUUGUGGGAAGACCUCGACCUGACUUCUUUUACCGUUGUUUCCCUGAUGGGGUUUCAAAUGAAGAGAUGCAAUGCACUGGGGAUGCCAGUCUGGUGUCUGAAGGGAGGAAGAGUUUCCCCAGCAUCCAUGCCUCCUUUGCCUUUUCAGGCUUGGGCUUCACUUCAUUCUACCUAGCAGGAAAGCUGCACUGCUUCACUGAGGUUGGGCAAGGGAAGAGCUGGCGUCUCUGUGCAGCAAUACUUCCACUCUAUUGUGCUAUGAUGAUCGCUCUGUCACGUAUGUGUGACUACAAGCACCACUGGCAAGAUUCCUUUGUGGGUGGAGUUCUUGGACUAAUUUUAGCGUACAUUUGUUAUCGUCAACACUACCCAUCCCUGACACAUUCCUCUUGCCACCGGCCCUUUGUAUGCCUGCGUCAGGUCACCAGCACUCAGAAGAAAGAAGAGCCCCCAACAACAGAGAAUACUGAAGGGCUGAUGAAUGAAGACACGGCAGAGGGGCCAGUAUGACAAUGGAUCUUACUUGACUUCUAAUCUUGCACAGCCUCAUCAAUGGGUUUCCUGCACUUUGUGUAUUUUACCAUGCACAUCUAGAAUAUGUGACCCAGACCACUGUAGUGAAACCAUUGACAGCAUCCAGCCACCACGUGGAAUCCAGGGAGCAUAGCCUUAAGUGCUAACAUCCUCAUGAUCCAAAUUGAACUGGCAAAUUCAUAUUUUCCUUUAGUGUA